AUGGAUGUUUUCACAAGCGACUCCAAAAAAUCGUCAAGGCUCGACGGGCUGAUGUACGGAAAAGUUCCCGAGGAGAAUGCCUGGUCAGCAGGGUCGAUGGCAACAACCAGGACGUGGCUCCGCCGUUGCGAAAAUUAUCACAGCCGUUGCCGCAAUCGGAUUGCCGAACAAGCUGAUGAGCCUCCCAGUCGGUUGAUCGAUGUCUCCUUGCUAGCUCGGACAGGUACCGUUAGACUUGUGGCCGGAACCCCAAACACAGGAAGGUACGCAGCACUCAGUCAUCGAUGGGUGUCAGGGCCGAUGCCUUCGUGGGCAACGACAAGGUCGAACGUUGAAAAGAGGCUUCAAGGAUUUGAAUUGCUGGAGCUACCCAACACUAUACAAGAAGCUCUCACCUACAUCAGUGAACUCGGGCUAUCAUAUCUCUGGGUCGACUCUGUGUGUAUCAUCCAGGACGAUGAGGCCGACUGGUCCGGUGAAAGCGUUCAGAUGCUCAAAGUAUUUGGCAAUGCAGCCCUUUCUUUAUUCACCGACAGCGCCCAAAACGACGACUACUCCUUCCUCGCGAAUUGUCGGCAAGGAAGCUUCCAGCAGAGAUCCGGCGUUUCCUUGACUAUCGUGACGGCUAACGGUCCUGCCCAGGCCAACCUGGUCAAAAGGUAUUCGCCGUACGAAGUUGCGCCGCCUGCAAGAGCAUCAGAUCUAUUUCAAUCCGAUGUUGUCCACUCACCUCUAUCGACAAGAGCAUGGAUUCUUCAGGAGCAGCUCGUUUCACGCCGCCAACUUCACUUUGGAGAAUUCCAACAGUAUUGGAUAUGUGGAGAAGUCUGUCAAGCUGAAGAUGGAUCCGACCUUUUAGCCUUCCUACCGUCCUGGUUCCGGUGGACUUCCCCGAAAACCGACAUCCUCAAGCGUCUCGAUCCGAGCAACAUAGAGCAUCGACAACAUAAUCUAUGGGCCCAGCUUGUCGAGACCUAUACGCAUCGCUCGUUGACUAGACGACAAGACCGUCUUCUUGCCCUUUCCGGAUUGGCAAGGCUGUCUGGCCAGCUUUACUCGGAUCGAUAUCUCGUUGGAUGUUGGACGAGAUGCAUUGGGCGAAACUUACUCUGGGUUUCCGCAUUGAAACACCCUCCGCGGAAGAAAGAAGACCCGUCGGAGCCAUCGCAUCGAAGAGCCUCUCUUCUCAAGGGAAUACCAACUUGGUCGUGGGUCGCUGCUGACGGUGCCGUGGAAUAUCCACAUCUCCGACGGGGCAACGGUGAGGCGGACUUCGUCAAGCUCCAGUACGAAGUCAUCUCAUCCCCCAAAUGUAUAUAUGGAAAUGCAGAUGUUUUCAGCGCAACUCCAAAGCACUCCUCGAGCUUAGUUCUGCGAGGCGUCCUCCAUCCCGCCACUGUCGGCGAAGCACGCGAUAUAACCUUUGGCAGCGCAGAAGCACCACAUUGGUAUCGGGGAUCCACUGACUUUCAAGGUCGAUACCUGCAGCUUCACGACGGCGAUGGCCAACACCUGGGUUCAAUGAUCCCAGAUCGUGUCUGCGAGAAACUCGAGGACCAUGUCUUCCUCCUCAGCGCCUGGGAGCUGGAUGGGAUGUGUCCUUGCUGCCAGAAAUAUAAGUCCAGGUAUCGGCACUUUCUGGUCCUGCAACCAACGCACAAAUCUUGGACCACAUACUAUCGACGAGUGGGUUAUGGCUGGUCGUACAACCGAACACUGUCGUUCCAAGCCUACGAAGUGGAUAAAGCCUACCACAGGAGGUGGAAGGCAGCACCAGAGAUCAUCCACCUUCUUUGA